UCGACACAACAAGAUAUUUACAUUUUCGCAUUUAUAAAUUGACACAUAUACCCUCUUCCUUCUCCUCUUAACCCCACCAUCCUAUACCCAUUAUCGUCGUUUCACAUCACACACGUUCCAUACUUUCAUCUUUGUACUCUUCCCUCCCACCUUAUAAAAAAACCUCCUAAAACACCUACCAUUCGCAAAAUUUCAACAUCAAUUCGCAAAAUCAGAAAUUCGUUUGGGGAUUGAAAUCAUGAGGACAAGCAAUCAUCUGAUCGGUAUGUUAAACUUCCUCACCUUCUUGUUAUCAGUUCCAAUUCUCGGUGGCGGAAUUUGGCUGAGUACGCGAGCAAACAACACCGAUUGUAUGAGUUUCCUUCAGUGGCCGUUGAUAGUCAUCGGCGUCGCAAUCAUGGUGGUUUCACUCGCCGGAUUCGCCGGCGCGUGUUACCGGAAUACUUUCCUCAUGUAUCUUUACCUUUGGGCCAUGUUCUUCAUCAUUGCUGUGCUUAUCGGAUUCGUGAUAUUCGCGUAUGUGGUAACAGACAAAGGUUCAGGUCGAAGUGUACCGAAUCGGGCUUAUAGUGAUUACUACUUACCGGAUUAUUCGGGUUGGUUGAAGGAUCGGGUCGCCAGUGAUAGUUAUUGGCAGAAGAUCAGUUCAUGUGUUCGUGAUUCGAAGGCGUGUAGGAAAACGGGUCGGCUUGUUGGUGGGUUUCCGGAGUCUUCCGACAUGUAUUUCCAGCGCAAGCUCAAUCCUAUCGAGUCAGGAUGUUGCAAACCACCAACUGAAUGUGGGUUUUCGUAUGUGAACGAGACUACAUGGAACCCAAUUAACACAGCCUUGGCGGUGAACAACCGUGAUUGCCUCAGAUGGAGCAACGACCAAGAGCAGUUGUGCUACGCCUGUAACUCGUGCAAAGCCGGUGUGUUGGCUGGCGUCAAGAAAAGUUGGAGGAAGGUAUCGAUUAUCAACAUCGUUGUUCUUGUUAUCCUAGUCAUUGCCUAUGUUGUUGCUUGUGCUGCUUUUAGGAACAACAGAAGGAUGGAUAACGACGAACCUUACGGAGAAACCCGAAUGGAAAAAUCCCGACCUAGUUGGAUACGCUUCUAGUUGCUCUCGGAGGGAGGGAUUCGAGUGUUUCUCUUUGCUCGGUUUUUUGCUUUAGAUUUUCUGUAAGUGUGUGUCUUUUAGACGGAAGAUAGUUCAUGUUGGUGGAGGGUCGGUUGUACGUACAUAUAUUAUUUGCAUAUCUUUUUGUAAUAUAUCAUAUCUUUUGGAAAAAUUAAAGUUAUCGCUGUUGUUAUC